AUGCUCUUUUUCUCUUUCCUAGCCAUCCCAUGCUUUCGCAAAGUGGUCCGUGGAGAACCCCUCGUGCCCUGCUAUUUCAUCUUCGGAGACUCGCUGGUUGACAAUGGUAACAACAAUAAUCUUAAGACCUCGGCCAAAGCCAAUCGUGCGCCGUACGGGAUUGACCUUUCCAGAACCUGGCCCUCAGGACGUUUCACCAAUGGUCUAACCAUGGUCGAUUUCAUCGGUCUCUCUCGCUUUCUCUCCACGUGCUUUGAUAUUCUUUAUGAGCAAAGGAUUCUUGUCAAGUUGAACGAUCCUAAUGAUUUCAUCUAUACUAAAGCAAAUUCACAAGACCUAGGGUUUGCAGAUCUCAUUCCACCGUAUGCAACUGCGUCCGGGGAUGACCUCUUGAGAGGUGUGAACUAUGCAUCGGCUUCAGCAGGCAUUCGUCAAGAGACGGGAUCAAACCUGGGCGUUCAUAUCAGCUUGGACGAUCAGCUGCAAAAUCACCAAAACGUGACAAAAGCCAUCGUUGCUUCAGUCGGAGAGGCUAAAGCAACAAAGCUGCUAAACAGCUGCUUGUACACCGUUGGAAUGGGAAGCAACGACUACAUCAACAACUACUUCAUCAAACGAAGCCCAGCGAGUCGGAACACUCCGGAGCAGUACGCCACGCUCCUCAUCAACCAGUACUCCUCUCAAUUAAAGGCUCUACAUGGUUUUGGAGCGAGAAAGUUUGCAUUGUUUAAGCUAGGGCCAAUUGGAUGCACACCCUUUGCGAUUGCAUCAUCUGGGAAGAACGCUUGCGUACAAGAAAUGAACGAUGCAGUCAAAAUCUUCAACGACAGGCUCCGUCCACUCGUGGAUCAGCUCAACAGUGCCUUCACCGACGCUAAGUUCAUUGUUGUGAACGGCUUGGCAAUGCCGACAGACUUGCCAAGCUGGAUCAAUGUGGUAGUAGCAAACACGUGCUGCCCAACGGACCCGACCGGGCUGUGCCUGCCGAACUCCAAGCCGUGUCACACUCGGAGUAUACAUGCAUUUUUCGAUGGAUUCCAUCCGACGGAAACCGUUCAUCGUGUAGUUGCAGCAACAGCAUACCGAGCUUAUCUCCCGACAGAAGCUUAUCCUACUGAUAUCUACCACCUGGUGACAUCCUAA